UGACAAUAUAUAAUAUGAGAAAAGAGUAAGAAAAAAAGGAAUGUGGUGUCCUUAUCCUACAGUGGUGACCCAAGAGUAACUCUUCCCUAAGCCAUAGGCUAUUCUGGAUUUGCAUUACAUAUCUCACCCCACCAUGUUCCUAAAGAAACCCACUUCUCUUUCACUCCAAACCCUAAUUAUUUUAAACCUAAUUAACACCAACAGACCUUAUAUUAAACACAAUACACGACUCUUGUCUCAAAAACCUUAAUUAGUGUGGAUAUCAUAAAUAAGAGUACAUCCCACUAGCAAUUAUUAAAUUUGAUACCUACCCCACAUUUUAUCAUCCUUUUACCCAUUUAUAAAAACCCUUUUAGCGAUCUCACAUUUGUUUCAUCCCAUUAUCAUCAUCCUUCAAGAACACAAAGCUAGAGAGAAAAAGAAAAUGUGUUCCUCAAAAUCAAAGAACAUGAACCAAGAAGCCAUUUCCCAAAUCAAUGGUCGUCCAGUUCUUCAGCCAAAAUCGAACCAAGUUCCCACUUUAGACCGACGCAACUCACUCAAGAAAUCUCCUCCUAAGUCUUUGAUACAUCCCAUUGCAUCAAAGAUAGCCUCACCAAGACCAAUAUCCCUAAACUCUCCACCUUUGUCUCCCAACUCAAAACCCAUAAGAAAACUGGCCUAUUAUGAGAAGCCUAAACCGGCUGCUAAACCGGUGAAAUUAUCAGAGCGCACUGAUGGUGGCUGCAGAGAGGUUAAGUCCACGGUGACUGUUCAGAAGCAACCUGGAAGUAUAGCUGCUGCAAGAAGAGAAGAGGUUGCUAUGAAACAAGAAGAAAGAAAGAAGAAGAUCUCUCAUUAUGGUAGGGUAAAAUCUGUACUAUCAAACGAAAAGAGCUUAAAUGUUGAACAUGAGAAGAAGAAGAGAUGCAGUUUCAUCACUACAAGUUCAGAUCCAAUCUAUGUGGCUUACCAUGAUGAAGAAUGGGGAGUUCCUGUUCAUGAUGACAACCUAUUGUUUGAGCUUCUGGUGUUAACCGGAGCUCAGGUCGGAUCCGAUUGGACUUCGGUUUUGAAGAGAAGAAACACUUUUAGAGAGGCUUUCUCUGGUUUCGAAGCAGAGUUGGUCGCAGAGUUCAACGAGAAGAAGAUACAGUCGAUAGUCAACGACUACGGAAUUGGCCUUAGCCAAGUCCUUGCAGUUGUUGACAACUCUAAACAAAUUCUCAAGGUGAAAAGAGAUUUCGGAUCAUUCAACAAAUACAUUUGGGGAUUUAUGAAGCACAAACCGGUUACCACAAAAUACACAUCUUGCCAAAAGAUUCCGGUUAAGACAUCAAAAUCAGAAACCAUAAGCAAAGACAUGGUUCGUCGCGGGUUUAGAUUCGUUGGUCCGACAGUUAUACAUUCGUUGAUGCAAGCUGCCGGGUUAACCAACGACCAUUUGAUCACUUGUCCGAGACAUCUCGAGUGUAUGGCCAAGGCUGCUCUAUAGGCAAAAAAAUAUCAUUGUUGUUCACAUUGGCUUUAUUUAUUAGUUUUACGUAAUCAAAUAAUAUUGAUGUGUUAUUAUCCAUGUGAUAUAUAGAUUUGAGAUCCUAACUUUAGGUAUUGAUUUUUGUACAAAAGUAUGUGUGCGUGUGUGAUUGUGCUUUAUAUUGAAUAUAUGUGUGUAUUUGGUUUAUAAUUAUUUAAUUUGGUUUCUGAGGAUAA